AUGGUUUACCGUGUAGCAGCGAUUAUCGCCUUACAACUUAUUUUAAUACAGAAUGCAUACAGUCAAUGUAUCAACAGAGUGCUGCCGAACUGUGGACAAAACAUAGUUCCUGAAGUAAUGAUAAAUUCUCCAACUAUGGCACCAUUGAUACUGGAUAGACCGUUGGAAACCGCACCAACUAUUAUCCAGGAUAGCAGCGUAGCGAACAGAUUGGCUAAUGCUCUGCAGUUGCUCGUAGUGAGCAAUUUAUUGAGCAGCACACUGCCUAAUCCCUGCUGUGAGAUUCUAGCACCCGCAUUUACACCUGUAGAUAUCGCUCCUAAUUACGCACCAAUCGAAGUCAUCGGAGGUGGCUUUAGUCCUUUCGCCCCGCCAUACAAUUGUAUGCCAAGCUACAAUUUUAUAUACUAG